CUCAAUUAUGGAUGAUUAAUAGAGGAUAAUUAAUUACAAUAUGAAUGAUGAUAAAGUCAAAACUGUGUGCUGAAUAGGUUGAGCUGUCGGAAAACUCUUCGGAUCGACUUACUCAAUUGAGGUUCAACCGGAAUAUUCUGAGAGUUUUCCAAGUGUUCGUGGAAGUUCCUGGGACCGAGUACAAAUUUUCGAUCAUGCCAGAACUUUUCGAAGUUUUAUUGACAGGGGGGAAAUUCCGAACGGUUUUCGUGGUGUGUCCUUGGUGAUUUCCCACUGCAUUCUUAACAUUUAUGCUGCAUUGUAAUCUUGGACAGCAUUGGAGGAGUAUUUGAAACAAUCUGCAUACUGAGCAUGCAAACCAUACUGACAACCAACUUUAUAUAAAACCCAGACAGAUGCUUUCAUCAUAUGUUAAGAAUAUAGGCCGGCACAACGAGGGGUGAAUCUGCAGGGGUAGCAUCAGAUAAAUUCUUGUGACGGUGAAUUUCAUUUUCAAUACAUUGUCCAAAUGUUUAGAAACUGCUACUGUGAGCAUGGAUAUAGAAUUCAAAUAAGCGCGUAACGCUGAUCUGAAGGCCAUAGACAGUAGAGACAACUAAACAGUCAGUAGGCCCAUAGUUAUCAUCAAGUUGUCAGAUUGAUCGUAAGUAAAAUGGCAGAAAACUUUGAAAAUGAAAUUAAAAGCGACGCCAUUCUUGAAGAAGAUGACAACACAGAACGCUUAGGGGAAGCUAAAGGCGGAGAAGACGACACUGAAGAAGCGCAUGUAUCAGUAUCGAUGGUGACGAAAUGGAUGAUAAUAUGUUUCUUCCUUCUCGUCAUGUUGGCAUACCUGUUCGCCGGAGCGCUUGUCUUCCGCGCCCUCGAGCGUCCCGCAGCAUUGAAGGCUUCGAAGAACUUCCAUGGCGCUCUCCGACGGCUUUCAUCCGAAAACGAAUGCAUGGAGGAUGGUGACGUUGCCGAUUUGAUGAUGAUCGUAACACGAGCCAUAGGUGAAGGAGGCUACUCGACUGGUCAGCCUUACGCCUUUCGUCUGAGCGAGGGAACGAUCAAUGACACCUACUACACACACCCUUGGAGCACGUCACAAACCUACUUCUUUGUAAUCACAGUUGUGACUACGAUAGGAUUCGGCUAUGCGUCCCCGCGCACAGGACUCGGUGAGAUCUUCUGCGUUUUCUACGCUUUGGCGGGUAUCCUACUCACUGGAAGUAUCGUGUUCCUGGUCGGUCAAAUGCUCCAGGAUCUAUGCCUCACCAGGUUCACCGCCAGCCGGCAGAAAUGCCUCAGGUGUUGUACGAAGGUCGGAGCUGGCUUUGCUAACUUAACUUUGGCCUAUCUUUUAGUGCUCCUCAUGGUCGUGCCACCAGGCAUCAUCUACUUCUACACACAAGAAGACUGGGACUUUGUCGAUAGUCUUUAUUACGUAGUGCAGGCUACGACCACUGUUGGAUUCGGAGACCUAGAGGCAGUCUUUGAAGGAGUUUCUAUCGUCAAGCUUUAUAUCAUAAGAACCAUUGUCUUCGCCAACCUCUUUGUGUGUCUUGCUGUUGUGUCAACAUUCAUCGACAGCUUCCGAGACAUUCAGAAGCUUGGCUUCGUGACGAUUUCAUCUCGCAUUUCGCGAUACACCGAAAAAAUCUCUGCGAGACAUCUGGACGAGAAAACUGGAAGCAACGUCGAACUUGACACACUAGAGGUGAAGGGAUGUUCUUUUACUAACGGUAAUGACCAACUAGGAGAAAGUUAAUCAUGCUCAAAAUUGCAUCUUUAGUUCCCUUCAUCAACAUAUUGUCCGAUUAUUUAUGUGAUCUUACAACUUCCUUUGAUUUUAAUUGUCUAGAAAGUGCUGUCACCAUUGUAACUGUGGGAUAAAACAGACUUUUUCUGAUACAACGUCCUACAGGUUCUUUCUACAUGUUCAUGAUAAUAAUUCUCUUCAGGUCAUCAGGUCAUUAUG